CGUAGGCAUACCUACCUAUCUAGUAAUGUCUUGUUGCCCAGUACUUUAAUGCAAGGGCUACAAGCACACCACCUGUCCAAGGUAACCUACGUCUAACGUUCGUUCACAACUUACGGACGAAUCAGGUAGAUUCUCUCUAAUACGUUGUGAUACUUCAGCUUGUGUCUCUCGCUAACCAGCGCACCAACCCAUAUAGCAGUCAUCUACUGAAUCAAUAGUAUUAGACUCAAUCAUGUCCGAUCAGAAGGUUUUCAAAUAUACACUCGAGCACUACCGAAAGGAGGGUGUUUCCGAGGAAGCCUUCGUCAAAUGGUUUCGAGAAGAGCAUCUUCCCUAUGGUGUCCCGCUGAUGAAGAAGCAUGGUAUCACUAAAUACGCUGCUCACUACAGAUCUCCUCCGUUGGCAGAUGCGUUCCAUGCUAUCUUGGGUCAGAUAAGGCCGACGUGGGAGAUUAGCAAGGCUGACCUCGUCCUCGAGUACUGGAUGCCUAGCCUUGAUUGCCUGAAAAAUCUUGUUACGGACCCGGAGUGGAAUGAAAUGGCCGCGGAUGGUGAAGCAAACUGGAUUGAUAUGAGUCGGUCUACAAUCCAUGUUGGUUAUGAGACUGCGCAUUUGGAAAAUGGUAAUUUCUUCGAUUUUGCAGAGAAGAAAUGAACGUGAUUAGGUUGAGAAGAGCAAUCGAAUCCUUUCCUCGGAUACAUCUAUAUGGUUGCUGUCAUAGGGUCAAGGGACUGCUGUACCUGGAUACUCCAAUUCCUUUCCCAUUUUGUUACAAAGGGCCAGCGAAAACGGCGAGCGAAGAGUCUUCAUUAUCGAUGAUAUUGGGGAUUGGAUUCUUCUUCAAUCUUAUCUCAUCGUGAGUCUCCACAUCAUCUAUUAAUAGGUAGGGUAAUUAACCACGUUGAUAAUCUUGUUGAUGCUGCCAGAUUAGAUCGAGGUAGCCCAGGGAACAAACCUCCGAAGUCCCAUCUCAGCUGCGAUUUCGAUUGACGAGUGAGAUGUCAAUGCCUGACUCGAAUGAUUAGAGUCAGCUGAGAGUUCUACUGAUAUGUUCCUUUUAGGUAGAACCCCAUUGGCCAUUAAGAUCACUAAAGGCCACUAAAAGCUUCAACCUAACCUAUCGGAACUCGGCCACAACAUACCUAGUAAAGAAGUACUAAUUAAUAAUACCCCUUGAAAGAUUUAACAAUUAUGUUAAUGUUUUAAUUAUUUUGAUACGAAUAGAAACAAGGAUUAGUAUAGUAAGUUUACACUAACAAGCAAAAUGGCCAAUGACGAACU